CUCCCCCUCUCUCUCUUUCUUCCUUUCUCCCUCUCCCUCUCUAUCCCUCUUUUUCUAUGUCCAGGGACCUGAGCGAGAACCAGAUUCAGGCUGUUCCUCGCAAGGCGUUCCGUGGGAUCACAGCAGUAAAGAACCUGCAACUGGACAGCAACCACAUCAGCUGCAUCGAAGAUGGAGCCUUCCGAGCACUGCGCGAUCUGGAGAUCCUCACUCUCAACAACAACAACAUCACCCUCAUCCCCCUGUCCAGCUUCAACCACAUGCCCAAGCUGCGGACGCUUCGCCUCCACUCCAAUAAUCUGCACUGUGACUGCCACCUGUCCUGGCUCUCUGAUUGGCUGCGUCAGAGGCGUGGCUUGGCACCCUUCACCCAGUGCAUGGCCCCCGCCCACAUGAGGGGUCUCAACGUGCCUGAUGUUCAGAAGAGAGAGUUCGUCUGCACAGGUGCGGUCCAGUCGGAUCCUCGUACGUGUGUACCCCAGGCUGCAGUCUGUCCGGCCUCCUGCACCUGUAACAAUAACAUCGUAGACUGCAGGAGGAAGGGACUGACCGAGAUCCCAGCCAACCUGCCAGAGGGCAUCAUGGAGAUUCGUUUGGAGCAGAACCUGAUCAAGAGCAUUCCUGCUGGAGCCUUCUCUCCCUAUAAGAAGCUGAAGAGAAUAGACCUGAGCAAGAACCAGAUUUCUGACAUCGCUGAGGACGCCUUCAGUGGACUACGCUCCCUCACCUCACUGGUGCUGUAUGGAAACAAAAUAGCUGAGAUCCCCAAAGGACUGUUUGAUGGUCUGGUGUCGUUGCAGCUCCUGCUGCUGAAUGCCAAUAAGAUCCAGUGUUUGCGGGUGAACACCUUUAAGGACCUGCAGAGCCUCAACCUGCUCUCGCUCUACGACAACAAGCUCCUGACCAUCAGCAAGGGCCUCUUCACACCCCUGCGCUCCAUCAAAACACUUCACCUGGCACAGAACCCGUUCAUGUGUGACUGCCACCUGAAGUGGCUGGCUGACUACCUGUUUGAGAACCCCAUCGAGACGAGCGGCGCCCGCUGCAGUCACCCGCGCCGCCUGGCCAACAAGAGGAUCAGCCAAGUCAAGGGCAAGAAGUUCCGCUGCACAGGCACAGAAGACUACCGCAGCCGUCUGAGUGGGGAGUGCUUCCAGGACCUGGUGUGUCCAGAGAGGUGUCGCUGUGAGGGAACAGUGGUGGACUGCUCCAACCUCAAACUCACCAAGAUACCCCCUCACCUACCAGAGCACGCCACAGACCUGUAA